AUGAGUUCAUUCGGCACUAUCUUCAGAGUCACCACGGCUGGCGAGAGUCAUUGUAAUGGUGUCACAGCUAUCGUCGAUGGUGUUCCCCCUGGUCUCCAACUAAGCGAAGAGGAUCUUCAGACUCAACUCUCUAGACGUCGUCCUGGUCAAAGUGAUCUUACAACCCCGAGGAACGAGAGUGACUUGGUCAAGAUCCAGUCGGGUGUAGAACAUGGAGUGACCCUCGGAUCACCAAUCGCCUUGUUUGUGCCCAACAAAGACCAACGUCCACAUGAUUAUUCGGAGACAGAUUUUUACCCUCGACCGAGUCAUGCAGACUGGACCUAUCUACUCAAGUAUGGUAUCAAAUCUAGCAGUGGGGGUGGCAGGAGUAGCGCUCGAGAAACAAUCGCACGAGUUGCAGCCGGAGCGAUAGCCGAGAAGUUUCUAAGGACGGCCUAUGGAGUUGAGAUUGUCGCAUUUGUGUCCGGCGUAGGGCCUAUCCAUUUAUCCUCCAAGUCGUUCUCACCCGCCCCCGUGAACGGUAGCAAUGGCACUCAUCACGACGAGGACGAAGAUUACUCUGGUCCCGAGUUCUUACGAUUCCUCUCAAAUAUCACCCGGGAAGAGGUCGACAAGAGCGUAGUUCGAUGUCCUCAUGAAGCCACUGCUCAACGGAUGACCCAGCGAAUAAUAGAAGCCAAAGCAGCAGAUGACAGUAUCGGAGGGACGGUAACCUGUGUGAUCAAGAACUGCCCAACCGGCCUAGGGGAACCAUGUUUUGACAAACUCGAAGCCAAACUGGCCCACGCCAUGAUGUCGAUUCCCGCGACCAAAGGCUUCGAGAUCGGCAGCGGCUUCAAAGGUGUCGAAAUGGCUGGAAGUCAACAUAACGACAUGUUCACUAAAGACUCCGUCGGUAAUGGCUUGUCAACUCUCACUAAUCGCAGUGGUGGCAUUCAAGGUGGAAUCAGUAACGGCGAAAACAUUUAUUUCCGCUGUGCGUUCAAGUCUCCUGCAACGAUUGCUAAGGAACAACAGACAGCAACAUACAACGGAGAGAGUGGUGUAUUAGCGGCCCGAGGCCGACAUGAUCCAUGUGUAGUCCCACGAGCUGUACCCAUAGUCGAAUCGAUGGCGGCAUUGGUAAUCAUGGAUGCUGUCCUUCUCCAAAACGCACGCACCUCUUUCUCUAGUCUCUUACCCAAGCCCACCACGCUCCCGCCAACGAUGAUGAUGCCCUCCAAGAACUGA